AUGGAUAACCCAUCCACUUCUAAGUAUAAUUCGCUUCAGGAGGAUUCUCAAGAACAGUCCUUGCCUUCUCUGAAUUCUUUGAACAAAGGAUUGAAUAAGGAACAACAAGAGCUGCAUGCUCAAAGCAGUGAUGCUGGCACAUUUCUUGGUUCAGCUAUAACCCCUUCUGGAGAAUUCAAGCCAGAAGACCCAAAGGAGACGAUCAAGAGAAUGUAUGAGUUUGCACUAAAAAAUGCUGACGAUCAAAACUGAGCAGGACUAUUUGCAAAUUUAGUAAAAUCAAUUCCUCAAAAUAUGUCCUCAAAGAGCCAAACAAACACUGCUAACUACUCAAGCGAAGGACAGUGUAAAAUAGCCAUCCAGAAGGAUAAUCGACCAUCUAGCCCUAAAUGAGACUCCUCUUUCAAUACUGCCAGAGAAUCAGCCCAGUUGUUGGAAAGUAAGCAAGAGAUGCUUCAUGAUGAGAGCCAGCAGAUAAGGCACAAUUUCAAGACUAAAAAUCCCUACCAUAACUUACCUGACUUUUUGAAAGAUAAGACUAAAUCUCAGCUUGCACAAAGAAGUAGCGUUGACCUACAUUGAAAUGGUCAGAAUUUUAGCCAAACUUCUUCUCAGAGAGGUGUGGUUAAAGAGAUUUCUGUAGCAAACUCACUUCAAACAAAGCCUUUACUCGAAAUUCAAAAGCCGGCUUGCUCAGUUUCCCCUGAAGUCAAAGGAACACCCCCAACUCCAAUUCACCCCACACCUACACCACACUCUUACGUCAACCCGCCGCCUUCGAAAUCCCCAAUGCACCCCACUGGAGUAAAAACGUACUCUUCCUUAUUCUCAAUUUUCCCUCCUAGCCCUCCAAAGGCCCCUUUCCCCGCUACUGCCCAAGAAGAAGAGACCAAGCACAAGCGUGCAUGUACAUUUCCUGACUCUUUCGGAUCUUCAGAAAAUGAAAAUAAAAACACCGAUUUGGGAUUUACGGCUAAAUCUGAAAAUCAAGAUUUUUGUGAUGAUUUUUGAGGGAGAAUAGGAAGCGAGAAAGAGAGAUUUAGAGAAGGUGAUGGCGCUGAAAGGGAAGGAAUGGAGUGCAGAGGCUUGGAAGAGACGAAUAGACUCAUUAGAGAGGUACUUAGGUUGGUGGAAGGUACCCAGAAGAGGUGUGAGAGGAGUGAUGUAGGUGUUCAAGUUGACUUGUGUCGAGGAAAAUGAGGUGUUUCUAGUGAAGAUCCUGAAAUAUUAAGUACAGAUAAGUCAUCGAAACUCAAAGUUGGGAAGAAUAAUACAAAAUUUUUAGUUACUCCUCCUAUUAAAAAUAAUGGAAAAGCUUGAUCACUCAUGAAAUAAUGGAGUCGGCUUGGAAAGGAAUCUAUAAAUCAAGAAAUGAUUAAUUCUUUACUAUUGCUCUCUUUUUAUUAAAAUUUUAAAUGGUGUAACCUCACUCCAAUGUUUAUUCGUAAUCAGUGAUACUUCCAGAGCUUCGGCCAAGCCCAUCUUGGAUGGGAUGCUGACAAAGAGAAAUCCAAAUUUAGCAUCUCCACUUGAUAGAUUGUUUGAGAAUAUUUUGAUCCUGAAUCAUUUAUCUGAAUAUCUGUUGAUUUAGUGACUUAUUUGAAGAU